AUGGCACCCAGCCCGCGCAACCGAUUCAACAUGAACAACCACCAAUCCGACGAAAUCAUAAGCCACGGCGUCGGGUCCUCGUCCUCGUCCUCGUCGCCCAACGGCGCCAACACGAUCAGCCACAACCAGAGCAACGGCAGCUCAUCCAGUUUGUCCACGGGUGCCAUCGUCGGCAUCGUCAUCGGAGGGGUGGCUGGUAUUCUUCUUGCCGUCGCAGCCUUUGUAGUCAUACGCAGCCGCCGUCGCUCCCGAACGGGCGGCGCAUACCGUCCCGCGAACGCAAGGGGAGGGUUCUUCAACACGCGCCGCGAAGCACCGAUCGGGGAAAAGCCAGAGGAUAUCAAGCCCGAAGGCGAGGGCGAGCACGCCGCGGACGAGGGCCUCUUGAGACACGCAGACACACCGGCCAUAGUCGCGUGGGACGCCGACGAGGAAGACGACCUCCAGAACGCGAGAGGCACGCGGGACGGAGUCGCGCACGCUCAUCCUCAUGCUCGCGCUCGCACCGGGAUCCAGAGACCGGCCAGCGUGGCGAGUUUCUCGAGCCUGAGCACGGCGGCGGCCGGGUUCGCCCCGCCUCCGCCUCGCUACGAGGAAGCGAUGUCUUCCGGGCCCGGUGCGCGUGCGAGUACGAGUACGAGGAGGAACUCGGACGGUGGACUCGCGCCGUUGAUGUUGGGCCGGGCAGACGAAGACGACGACGACGACGACGACGAAAUCGGUGGCGGAGGACGCCGGUCGACGUCGAGGGGACGCAGUCUCGGUACUAAUACCGACGACCUCGGAGCUGGUGGGUCGGCGAGGCCGAGGAGCGUCAACGGCGACAGGAGACGGAGCGUGUCGAGGUUCCGGGAAGAAGGGAUGGUGGAUUUGAAUUUGAGUUCGAACCUGAGGGGCUGA